AUGGAUACUGUGUCUAAGAAAGAUGGUGUUAAUCGGUGUGUAAACAACCCUGUGGCUGUGGCUUCUUUGGAUUGUAAAAAGGUUGAUGAAGAUCAUGUAAAUGGAAAAAAUGACAGUGAUUCGAAUGAUUUGUUGACACUCCCCAGAAAAGGAGGAAUGUCACGGAAAUUGAAUAAGAGUAAGACAAGUAAGAGAGUGCAGUGGAAUGAUAUGAUUGGAAACAAGCUUGUUGAAGUGUUGGAAUAUGAACCAAGUGAUGAUAGUGACUCGGAGGAUGACGAUUCUUGUAUCUGCUCAAUAAUGUAG